AUGGAUCAGGCCGACAUCCCAGCCCUCCUCUCACGCCUCGCGAGCGACGAGGACGCAGCCAGGAAGAUGGCCGUCUUCAAACUACAGUCCUCCAUCAACGAUCCUGCGUUUGCCGACGUCUUCAUAUCCUCAGGUGGUCUGGUUGUCUUGCGACGCCUCAUCAUGAGUGCAGGAGGAAACACCUUGGCGUACUCGCUACAGAGUCUGACGCGCCUGUUGGAGGUUGACAUGGGCUGGGAAAUCUUUGAGGGGUCGUCUUCAGGUGACCUCGUUGAACGCAUCGUCGAACUGAUCGUUACGAACCCACUCGUCAACAUUCUUCGCGGCGCUAUGUCGAUCUUGGUCGCCCUCGUCGGCCAUACGCAGUCUUCCCGCCCGUCAACCCCACGCACCCCGGGUUCAUUUGGUUUCCGGGCCCUGAAACCGGCCGUUGCAGUCUACCCGCAGUUCUUUGAGCUCGUCAUCGCUCAGCUUGAGUCGGCCGACCACGCGCUGUGUGGCAAUGCCCUCAUGCUCAUCAACGCCAUGAUCCGGGACUCCAUCUCGAGCGACAGUAGUGUCUCCAUCCGGUCGGGCUCUCCCGCGAUAGAGGAGUGGUCAAAAUUCAUCAAACGCCUGCAGGAUCUUGGUCUGAUCAAGGCGGUGUACAGCCUGAUGCAGAGCUCCUCGCUGCAGGAUCUUGCGCAUCCUCUGCUCGAAUUCCAGUCCCUGACCAAAAUCCUGCUGAGGAAAUGGCGUGAGGUCAGGGUUGACCUUGAGCGGCCCGAACACAGACGGGGACUCAAGGGCCUCCACCUUGCCAGCAACCCGGAGAAGCAAGUCAACGGCACAUCUCGAACGGACGAGCCGAACGAAGUUGGAAAGAGGGGAAGCCGGCGGCACAACCCAGAGAAGUGGAGGAGGCUGGGCUUCGAAACGGAGAGCCCCGCGCAAGAGUUUGAAGUUCCUGGCUUCCUGGGUAUGAUGGACUUGACAGACUACGUGCGCAAGAACGAAGAUAGCUUUCAGAAGAUGCUGCUGGAGCAGUCGACGAAACCAAAGAACGAGAGAUGCCCGAUCGCGCGCGCAAGUCUCGCGGUGACGAUGAUCCUAUACGACCAUUUUGAGGUUGACAAAUCGGAUGUCGAGGACACCAAGAGUUAUCAAGGCAUGGAUGGUGCUAAGAAUAACGAAAAACUAUUCCGCCCACUCAUCCUCCAAUGGUCGAGACUCCACACGGCCGGGCUGCAGGCCUUCUUCCGCGUGUGGAAGUCGACGGCCGCAGAGCAGUUCGAUUUCGAGAAGGUGGCAGAGCUGGUCCGCAUACUCAUCGAGCAAGUUGUCGGCCAGGCCAGCAGGACAAAGGACGUGAUAGAGGUUGAGGAGGAGCUUCUGGAGUACGACUGCACCCGCUUGCGAGAGCUGCAGAUGGAACUCCUAGAACUGUCAUUCGAAGAUCAGUGGGGCCAGCAUCUGUACCAGGUCCGCGACGAGUUGAGGCAGGAGGCUCUCCAGUUUGUCAAGGAACAGCGGAUCCGAUGUCUGCUCCAGGGCUCGUGGUUUUCAAAACCGAUGCCCCGGCGGGAUACCAACCCCCAAAGCGAGCCACAGAAGCGUCGUCUAUACACACCCCGGCCCUGGCGAUUCGCCAAGCUAUCACACAACCGCCGGUACCUCCACUACGCCGACUUCGAAACGCAAACAGCACAAGACCUAGGUCUCGACGUGUUAACGGAGAAGGUCGAUCUCAGCACCAUUAGCUCGGUGGUAUCCAACGUUUCAGCGCCCAACGAAGAGACUCGCAGCGCGACUAGCAGUUCGACGCUCAAGAACCAUGCGACGGGCAAGUCGACAACCAAGAUCACCAUCUUCAGCUACGUCGACCCCAUCGAGGCGGCCAAGGGCGGCGAUGCAAAGGAACAGGCGGUGUUGACGCUCUACCCGGUCACGCACAGCCUGGCCUCAGAGUGGCUUGAUGGCCUUCUGAUGCUGCUCAACCAGGCGCCCAUCACGGCCGAGACGAACAAGCUUGUUAAUCUCGUCAGCGACUUUGGGCUCAAGAUCAGGUUGCUGAACGUGCGGAUAGAGGCUGCUUACACCGGGCCGACGCCUGGCGCUGGGAUGGUUCCCAGUCGGGACGGUCUAGACGAGGACUAUUUUUACGAGGUGUGA